AUGAACAACGAGGAGCAUUUGCUUAAAGUCCCUCCGGGGGAAAAGCCAGGACCACAGCUCUCCCAAGAGCGCAGGCUGCCCCCUCCCUCAACCAGCCAGACUGAAGCCUGGGGCCCGCCAGGUGCCCAGAGCAGUGGUCAGCAGGUACUGGAGACUCAGGACUGGGUGAGCACACCGCUGGAGAGCAGGCACCCCAGCCGCCACUGGUGCCUCAACAUCGACGAGCGCCGGCAGCGGGCCAUGGAGAGCGCCUCCGGGACCUCUGGCCAGGGCCUGCCUCGCCUCUCCCCACUCUCGCUGACCACGCCCCCGGCCCCUGGUCUCCAGGACGACAUCCUGCAGGUUGUGGCCCAGCUGGCAUCCAAGGACGUGGACAAGGACGUGCUCAUCUCCAACCUGCCCAGGUCUGCCGAGUCCACCCAGGGGGUCCUGGGCCAGAGCACGCCUCUCUGGCCCAACAGGACUUCGGAGACCUCGACCUUGAGGUGGCCACCGUCCUAA